AUGGCUACGGGCGAUCUUCUCAGCAUCCAUCCUUCAGAACUCAAAUUCCCAUUCGAAUUGAGGAAGCAGAGUUCUUGUUCUAUGCAACUGACCAACAAGUCCGAUAAUUAUGUGGCUUUUAAGGUUAAGACAACAAAUCCGAAAAAGUACUGUGUCCGGCCCAACAGUGGCAUUGUUUUGCCUGGCAGCACUUGCAAUGUUACUGUUACAAUGCAAGCACAAAAGGAAGCACCUCCAGAUAUGCAGUGCAAGGACAAGUUUUUGCUUCAAAGUGUUGCUGCUCCCGAUGGUGUGACAACAAAAGACAUUACACCAGAAUUGUUUGAUAAAGCGGAUGGCAAGGUGGUAGAGGAGGUCAAGUUGCGUGUUGUUUAUAUCCCGGCUAAUCCUCCUUCACCAGUGCCUGAAGAAUCUGAAGAAGGGUCUCCAUCCAGGUCUUCAAAUGUUGAGAAUGGCAAUCAGGAUGCAGCGUUGCUCAAUGCUGUGUCAAGAUCCUUAGAGGAGCCCAAGGAAAAAUCAGCUGAGGCAUGGUCCAUGAUCUCAAAACUGACUGAAGAGAAAAAUACAGCCCUACAACAAAAUCAGAAGCUACGACAAGAGCUGGAGCUAAUUAGAAAACGAAAUGGCAGCAGUAAUGCGGGUGGCUUCCCUUUAUUGGUGGUUCUGCUGGUUGGUCUGAUAGGUAUCCUAAUUGGCUAUGUGUUCAAGAGAACAUAG